AUGUUUCUCAAGAUUCUGAGGCAUGGAUCACGACAAUGGGCAUAUUCUGAUAGAUUAGCCUCUACUUUAUCCGAAAUCUAUGCCCAGAAAGUUCAGAAUGGACAAAUUACUCAUGAUAACCAUCAGGUACAAGUGGUGGAGCACUUGGAAAAUCUCCGUGAUUCUUUAGAGAAAUAUUCUAUACAGAAUAAAAAUGUACAAACUAAGAAAAAUAUGUUUAGUUUUUUGUUUAAAGAUAAAGAAGAUACAGAAUCGCUAGCAGUUUUAGCUCCAACAGGAGUUUAUUUAUGGGGGACAGUUGGAUGUGGAAAGACAAUGCUUAUGGAUAUGUUUUAUGAUAGUUGCAACUUCUCUAAGAAAGAAAGAGUUCAUUUCCACUCCUUCAUGCAGGACGUGCAUAAAAAAAUGCAUGAGCUCAAAAUAAAUCACAAAGGACCUCGUGGUACUUUUGAUCCUGUGCCAAUUAUAGUAGAUGAUAUAAUGAGCAAAACGAAACUUUUAUGUUUCGAUGAGUUCCAAGUGACGGACAUUGCUGAUGCCAUGAUAUUGAAAAGAUUCUUUUCCAUUCUUUUUGAAAGAGGGCUCGUUGUUGUUGCAACUUCGAAUAGACCUCCUAAAGACUUGUACAAAAAUGGGCUACAACGACAUCAGUUUCUCCCGUUUAUAGCUGAUCUGGAAAAGAGAUGUUCUUCUAUAACCAUCGAUUCCGGGAAAGAUUAUAGACGGAAAGAAGGUGAUGGCUCAGCUUACUAUUUCGUGAAAGGGGAUGCUGAUGGCGGUGAAUGCUGUGAUAGAAUUUUCAAAGAGUUAAUAGCUAAAGAAAAUGACACUGUUCGGUCAAAAACCUUGAAUAUACUUGGACGUCAUGUUGUUGUAGAGAAAUGUUGUGGAGGAGUGGCAGAUAUCAGUUUUGCCGACGUUUGCGAGAAAGCCACUGGAGCGGUGGAUUAUUUAGUUCUCGCUCGAGUAUUCCAUACGGUUAUUCUCCGUGAUGUCCCUGCUCUGACUGCUUCAAAACUGUCUCAAGCUCGUCGUUUGAUUACUCUCAUUGAUACAUUUUAUGAUCAAAAAGUCAGAGUUGUUAUCAGUGCUGAUGUUCCUAUUCAGCAGUUGUUUAACUUGGAUGAAAAUAAGCAAGAAGGUCUUUCUGAUGCAGAUAGGAAGUUGAUGGAUGAUUUACAAAUUGCUCCCGGCACAGAAAGUUCACAAGCCAAUGUCUUUACCGGUGCAGAAGAGCUCUUUGCUUGCGAUAGGGCUAUUUCUCGUUUGUACGAAAUGCAGACGCCCGCAUAUUGGGAACACAGAAAACCAUCUUGA